GAUGCGCCAUGCAGUCUGACUAAUCUAUUUUCAACUCUUGCAAGCGCAACUAAGGACCGACGACGCAAGGCGACAUAAGUGCAAUUGAUAAUUAUUCAAAACGAAUUAAAGUGGACUGGCCUCUGUGUCGCUUGACAGCUUCUGGAAACUUUGGAGGGACAUUUUUCUAAAUUGGUGGUGACACAAGAUCACGGAACGCUUGCACGGGUUUUUGAGUAUUCUUGACCACUGCAGGCUAAUCAAAAUAUACAUGUAAUUUAUUUUACUGCCACCCUCUCUUAAAAAAAACACGUGACAACUGCAAUCACUGCAUUCCUGCGAGUCCAGGUUUAGGAAUUGUCACACAUUUGCAAGUAUCGGCUACCUUGUUUCAGUCGAUCCUGGGACAAACUCGGUGUGGCUGGAUGUUGCAGGCGGCGGGUCAGUGAGCGCGAGGACCAAGUACCUCUAUGAAGUACCCAACUCCCGACCUCUCUUACCUGAUGCCGUGCAUGAUGAUUGUCCUUGGAAUACUUAUGAAUGUCCUCAGUCAUGGCAGCGUGCUGUCAGGCUCCAUAGACUGUCAGGAGGCUGAGCGAGGCUGUGUACAGGAUCAGGACUGUACGGCAGUGUACAGGGUGCUGGAGUACUGUGCUGCCGAGGAGGCCGUGUCGCCCCUGGGCCCAGACGCCCGGGGGGAGUGUCUGGAGGCCCAGAGCGCCCUGCAGCAGUACCGCCCCCUCCAGGCCUGCAAGUGCCAGCGCGGCUCCCGCCGGGAGGAGCUGUGCCUCAGGGUCUACUGGACCGUCAGAUUCGCUGUGUAUGAUGAGUACGAGGUGUCUCCGUAUGAGGAUCUGGAGGUGGAGUUUGUGAGGCACAUAGAGAUGUCACGCAUGGCCUCCAUCAUGGCAGCCUCCUCUCUUCCUCUGGAUGGGCAGAACCAGUGUCUGAAAGCAGCCCAGGACUGUGGUCUGUAUGAGAAGUGUGGUUCUCUGAGGUCGGAGUAUGUUGUGGCCUGCACCAAGCGGGCUCCGGGCUCCGACGGCAGCUGUAACAGACAGAAGUGCCACCGGGCGCUGCGGCGCUUCCUGGAGCGGGUACCAGAGGAGUACAGCUUCGCCCUGCUAUUCUGUCCCUGCUCUGAUGCCCUCUGUGGGGAGCGCCGGCGGAAGACCAUUGUACCGUCGUGUUCCUAUGAGGAGAGAGACAGCAAACCCAACUGCCUCAGCCUGCAGGGCUACUGUGCCAGGGAUGAGCUGUGUAGAUCUCGGCUGGCUGAUUUCCAGCACAACUGCCAGCCCUCGUCACAUUCUCCCUCUGGCUGCAUGAGAGAGAGUGGAGCCGUCUGCCUUAAGGCCUACGCCGGGCUCAUAGGCACCAUCAUGACCCCCAACUAUGCCAACAAUCUCAGUAUGGACGUGUCCCAGUGGUGCACCUGUGAGGGAAGUGGGAACCAAUGGCAGGACUGUCUGCACAUCAUGAACAUGUUCCACAGAAACGUCUGUCUGCGUAAUGCUAUCAGUUAUUUGGGUGGCUCUUCCCCUCGCCCUGUGGAGAGCACGACCCUGCCCCCUCGUCACCACGCAUCAGCCACCCCCUCUCCACGCAUCUUUCAGGACAAGGACAAGAUCAAUGUCAACGUUAACAUUUUAUCAGAACGCAACAGUGUGAGUGUGGAGGACAGUGAGGAAGAGGAGGUAGAGGAGGAAAGCCAGGAAUUCAAUGUUAUCCCACUGUAUUCUGAGAAGGAGAAGUCUAGUGUGGGCUCCGGGACCCGAGGAGGCCGUAGAGGAGCGGCAAGCCACACAGCACCCAUGCUGCCCCUGCUGCUGCUGCCUGCUGCUAUGCUGGGCUGGUGGUGUCCGGUAUAACGAGCCCCCUACUACCCCUCUUAUGAUCAGCUACAGUAUCACAUUCACUGGGUCACCUCCACCAUGGCACUGAGACUGAUGAGGAGACUUAAGGUUGAGGGAAGAACAACCACAAUGAGGAAAUGGACAUUCACACCUUUCUCCUAUGGCACUCUGUCUUACAUCCGUUUCAUGCUUUCGGUUUUCCUUUGUUAAUUUCCAUCAUUAUUUUUCUGCAAUCUCUAUCUCUCCUGCUCCGACUGCUCAUGUUCUUUAGUAGUCCUAGCUGCCCAUCUCUUAGCUCUUCUCUCUCACAUCAGUACACAUGGAGUUGAACAAGCUGUGCAGAUAAAUAAAUAAAUGGAUGAAUUAAUAAGGUCUGUCUGGAUGAAUCGAUGUGGCUGUCUGUCCAGUGCCUGCCUCAAGAUUGGGCAUCCAGCUCCACUCUCCCUCUUCAUGAGGAGCCCACAUCGCCCAAGGCCAGUAACAGCACCUAUCUCAAAGAAAACAUGACCAAUGAUUGGUGGAACCAUGAUAGUUCAUUCCUUUUGAUUUUUGGGCCAUGCCUCAUAUCUUCUCUCUCCUCUGUUAUCUUCCCUUAUUUCAUCAUGCUAUGUUCCCUUGGAUAGCAGGGUUGUUGGUUGAGCCACUUUGUCUAUGUUGUCUUUGCCAUAAGCCAAUAACUAAAGAAAAGAUAGAUUGAGGGAUGAUGUUGUUUUGUAGUUCUGUAGUUCUUCCUCCUAUCUCUGUUGCUCCCUUUGUUUGCUUCCUUCUUCACCACUUCAGACUAGAAGCCACUGGCCCGUUGUUUCCCCUCUCUAGUUCAUACACCACUUAUUCUCCGCUUAGUUGAGGAGGUCUGAAAAAUCCACCACAGGCACAAUGAGACAAAAUUCUAGUAAUGACAAUGGUCGAGGAAAACGGAAUAAGCAAUAAAAAAUGAAAUCAGAUAGCUCAGCGGGCAGGUGCUGAGGCCGUCUGGGUUUGGGCUCAGGGGAGAGAGGAACCAAUUUACUGCUGUCUGAGGUUCACAAAUGCUUUCUGUCCCUAGGUGUUGUUAUAGUUUUGGAGAGACAAUAUCACACUUAGCCAUCCUUUUCCUGACUGUGUUUGAUCAGGGAGAAAGUGGGGAGAUGGGGUACUAUAGAGCCUCUGGCAACUCUGAUCAUUGAGCAUCACAUUGAGCCUUUCUCUCUCUCUCUGCCUGAUAAAUCUUUUGCUGAUGUUAAUGUUUUUUUUUCUUGCGUCACUCAUUUUCUUGUGAACUUGGAAAAUUAGCUCCCACCUGAGGGGAAGUAGGUAAAAUACUAUUGGUGAUGGUUAAAGGGGGACCUACUUUACUGUGGAAUUGUGAAUGUGUCGUUUAUUCAUCGACAUCUUUCCCUUCUUGAGGGAGAUGUUAGAUAAGACUCAUGUUCUCACAGAUAAUACAUGAUGCUUAAAAGAGAUAAAUAUUUACUGGGCAUAUCAGUGCUACAGAUAUCUCUGCCAGCAGCAUACCACCCUGCAUCCCACUGCUGGCAUGCCUCUGAAGCUAAGCAGGGUUGGUCCUGGAUGGGAGAUCAGAUGCUGCUGGAAGAGGUGUUGAAAUGCCAGUAGGGGGUGCUCUUCCCUCUAAGGAGAUCCCAGGGCUGUGAAGGGGACAUUGCCCUGCAUAUGGUGC